UAAUACUACUUCAAUUCUCAUCCCUAUCUCCCCGCCCACCAAACACGUUCUACGUUGUAUAUAUAUAUAUAUUGAACGACAAACAUGGUUAACGUACUAGAAAGACUAUUCGACUCUUUCGUCUCCGCAGUAACCCAUUACUGUUUCUUUCAUUAUCGUCAAGACACCCACAACAACAUCAAUCACACCAACGUCGUCAACAUGCCCAAGAGGAGCCGCCCACUUUCUCUGCAGACAGUGGAGCUCAAAGUCAGGAUGUGCUGUACGGGGUGUGAAAGAGUUGUCAAAGAUGCUAUCCAAAAGCUCCGAGGGGUGGAUUCAAUACACGUGGAGCUGGAGUUAGAGAAGGUGACGGUGUUGGGAUAUGUGGAGCGGAAUAAGGUGCUGAAGGCGGUGAGGAGGGCGGGGAAGAGGGCGGAGUUCUGGCCGUAUCCUAACCCGCCGCUCUACUUCACCACUUCAGACCACUACUUCAAGGACAUGACCGCCGAGUACAAGAAGAGCUACAACUACUGGCGCCACGGCUACAACACCGGAGACAAGCACGGCACCCUCCUCGCCACCCAACGCGGCGACGACAAAAUUAGCAACCUCUUCAACGAUGAUAACGUCAACUCUUGCCGCCUCAUGUAAUUAAUUAAUAAUAAACUCCAUACCGGCCUAUCUAUAUAUAUAUAUAUAAGUAUGUAUGUAUGUCGUGACGAUAACUGUGUCAGCUGGCAAGAUUAUGUAUGUAUGUAAUGUAUAUAUGCAUGUACCACUGUUACAUAUAUUAUUACCUUAAUUAAUCUAA